AUGGGCGAAAAUAUGGGUAUGGCAUCCGUUACCCCUGCCAGUCAAAGUAACAGUGUUCGUUGUGUUUCUCAUCCAAGUGCACAUGUCUGUGCUCUCAGUACAUCGGUUCUUUGUGACAUUAUGUAUGCUGGUUCAUUAAAACCAAGUGUGAAAGAAGUAGAAGAUGUAAAUGGCAUCCACAAUCUUGCUUAUCAGUACCUUAGCAUAAGCAUCAUUGACUGGAAAGCGGAUAUUGGGAAGUGUUUGAUGUGUGAAGCUAAUAACCGGCUUGAAAAUGGAAUGUCUGCUCAAUUUCUUGAUACUGCUACUAGGGAAUUAGGCUGUACUAUAUCAGUCUGA